AUGUACUCCACAGUCAUGAAGCUUCUCAUGCUCCUCUGUGUGACAGGGUCCUAUGUUGCCGGCUCUAGUCUUGAUCAUGCUACCAAAGGAGGGUCAGCUGACACUGCUGUUACUAUCACAGUUGCCAUGAAGUCGAGCCCUAAUGUUGUGAGGCUGUACUCUCCGCAUCCUUUUGAGAAACGCGGCAAUGGAACCAUACCUACUGCUGUGACGGUCACGCGGGUUGUGCCACUAACGAAGAUGGAGGCUGUGGGUGUUUAG